UUUGGCCUAAUUAGUAAUCGACGACGAUAAACAAUUCUUAGCUCGAUCACGUAUUAUCUAUGAGUCGUAGAGCCCAAGCUUUCAUGAUCCAUUCGUAGCCUUUCUCAGUCGUGGUGGAGUUACUGGAACAUCUGAGGGUUCAUAUCAAAGUCAGCAUGCCUUGGCGUAAUCUUGGAUAUGAAGUCUACAAAAAAGAAAAGGGAGAGGAAAUGUUCAAAAAGAAGAUUGAGGAAUUCGAAAAGCCUGUUGCUCCGCCUGGUUUUUUCUCCCAAAGCAAAAUCGCAUAUGACACCACCAAACUCAAGCUACUCUUCGGCACGAAGGUGUUAAUCAAGGGACAGCGGGGCACACAUCCCGUUGGAGUUGGAGCUGAGGGGAUCGCAACGAUUGUCUCUAAUCCAAAGAUUCCACCGUGCGAGUUUUUCACGCCAGGACGUUCCUAUCCAGUUUGCCUUCGUCACUCGACCAUACAAUCCGUGGAUGACGUGUUGAUUGACUUCUGUGGCGGGUCGAUAAGAUUUUCCGGAAGUGAUGAUAUGGAAAGUCCUUUCGAUCUUCUUAUGGGCACUGGAGAGACAACACCGUUAUGGAGCGCUCAGGCCAUUUUUGACGCAGUGAAAGCCAAGAUUUCAAACGAUUUGAAAACUUAUUUGCUGAUCGGACCUGACCAUCUUAAAGCCAACAUUGGGGGCUUGCGCCAGAAGCCUGAAUCGUUUUACGACCAGCGGUAUUACUCAGAAGUGAUUUUUGACUUCAAAGCGUUUGAUGGUGUGAAGCGUUACGUUAGAUUCAGGAUGAUGCCCGCUGAUGGACGACCAGAAACAGGCUUAUUGUCCGAGGAAGUUCAGCAGCGCCCAUGGAUAAAUGAAAGGUCACCCGAUGAGACGUUACCAAUGGACUACCUCAAGCGUGAGUACAGAGAGAGGAUUUCCAAGGGACCACUCGACUAUAAACUACAGCUGCAACUCCACGAACCUAAGGACGAUGAUGUGCCAUGGAUACUUCAUGUCGGGAGAGCAUGGGACGAGCAAACGCACCCAUGGUUGGAUUUGGCUGACAUCAAAGUGACGUCAUUACUGUCUCCAACCGCAACGGAACGCCUGAAGUUUAUUUUUUUAAACCUUCCAACGUCAAUUGGUCUUUUGCCAGCCGUAUCUGUUGAUGACCCUAAUGUUGUUCUUCACAUUCGUAAUGAGGUGUACGUCUGGUCUCAGAAGCUUCGUAAAAACAGAUCAAACAAGCUUGUCCCAGAGCACCUCGCGUCCUAUUUUAUCCGUGUGGAAACUGGAUCUCAGUCUGGAGCAGGAACGGACGCCUCUAUUUCUAUUUCGUUGACAGGUACCAAAGGAAAAACAGAUCUCAUCAAGUUAGAUAACUGGGGCAAUGACUUCGAGAGAGGAGACGUUGAUGAGUAUAUGGUAGAAGCAAUGGACGUUGGAAAAGUUCUAAUGGUUCACCUUCACAAUGAUCAUGGUGGCUGGUGGUACAAAAAUCCUGAUUGGUUGGUCAACAAAAUCUCGGUGAUAAGUUCCACUCAGGAUGAACCAUUUGAGUUUCCAUGUUAUCGCUGGGUGCUAUCUGAUUUGGUGGUAUUUGAAGGAAAAGCUAUUCUUCCAUUUCAAGAGCAGCCAGCUGCCGUAAAAAGCCAAAGAAGUCUUGAAGUGAGAAAUCGCCAGGAGCUUUACAAGUGGGGAAAUAACGAAGAGUUCAAGUUUCUUCCUGGGUAUCUUCAAGCUGAAACACCCGCUGAUAUCCCAAGAGAUUCACAGUUCUCCGACGAGGCCAGGGGCACCUUUAAGGAUAACCAACGCAAGGCGGCUAUUGACCUUGGUCUUACCUAUUUGAGUUCUCUUUUCGAUAGUUGGGAUAAUUUCGAUGAUUUUGAGAAGAUCCUUCAUAGAGCGUGUGACGGUGGUGUACCGAAGAUCGUUGAGAAUGACCGAUGGAUGACCGACAAGGUAUUCGGGUCAAUGUUCUUGAACGGCGUUAAUCCUAACGUUAUCCGACGUUGUGAAAAAUUACCAAGUAAUUUCCCAGUCACUGAAGAAAUGGUAAAGAAAUUUUUAGAUCGUGGAAAGACGCUGCAUGAUGAGAUGAAGGCAGGUUAUGUUUACAUUGUGGAUUACAAGGUGCUCGAAGGAAUUCCAGUAAAAGAGGGCAAUCACUCUGCCCAGCCUUUGGGGCUGUUUUAUGUCAACAAAUCGGGUGACCUGGUGCCAAUUGCCAUUCAGUUGCUACAGCAACCAAGCAACACCAAUCCAAUAUGGACUCCAAGUGAUUCUCAAUAUGAUUGGCUGCUGGCAAAGAUGUGGCUUCGUUAUGCUGACAAUACAAUUCAGCAGACACGGAGUCAUCUCCUUGAAACCCACUUGGUGAUGGAAGCCUUUGCAGUGGCAGUCUGGCGCCAGCUACCCUCAAUUCAUCCUGUUUUUCAACUCUUAUUUCCACACCUUCGCUCCGUGAUGGCGAUCAACAAGUUAAUCAAAGAUGGUGCCAUAGAAAAGAAUGAACCUGCCAAACAAUUUCUGAAGAAAAGUUACCACACGUUCAAGUUGAGCACGCUUUCCUUACCCAAAGGGCUUAACGAGAGAGGUCUGGAUGAUCCAGAUAAAUUGCCGAAAUUCUAUUACAGGGAUGAUGCCCUCCGACUAUGGUCAGCCAUUACAACUUUCAUCAAAGAAGUCAUUACCCUUUACUACAAGUCAGAUGACGAUGUUACUAAGGACGUCGAGCUUCAAGCUUGGAUUAAAGAUUUCAAUGAAAACGGCCUCCCUGUGAGAGAGGGUGACUAUGAUCAUGAGGUUCCAAGUGCCUUGCAAACACGUGACCAACUAAUCAACCUGCUCACAAGCGUGGUGUUCACGUGCUCGUGUCAGCAUGCAGCAGUGAACUUUGGUCUGUUGGAUGUGUCAGGCUUUAUCCCCUUCACUCCCUCCAUGAUGCGUAAGCCACCUCCAACUAAGAAAAACCAGACAUCGCUGAAGACCAUUCUUGAAACGCUGCCAAGCAAGAGUCAGUCCCUCAAACAAAUAGCGUUAUUUUACGUGUUGACGCGAUUUGCCGAGGAUGAGCGUUUCAUUGGCGACAUGACACACAGCCUUUUGACUGGUGACGAGGAAGAUGCUGCAAUGAGUCGCUUCCAGACCGCUCUCCAUGAGAUCUCGGAUUCCAUUAAGGCCCGCAAUAAGUCGCUGGAAUUGCCUUACAUCUUUCUUUUACCCGAGCGAAUUCCCGAUAGCAUUGGCGUCUAAGGCGCUGACAGUAAAAGGCAUUUUUUUUCAAAAAUAUCAUACGGUGAAUUUUGUGUCGCUAUGCAGAAUUUUGUGUCGCUGUGCGGUUUAAAGACUGUAACAGUUAACUGUACAACGUUGCCUUAUUCGUAAUGCACACCUUUAAACCAUCAUCUCAACCAUUUUGGAUUUUUUUAACCUUUUUGAGGGUUGAAAGUUCGCCACCCUUUAUGACCUAAUGCUGAAUUCAAUUUUAAUAUUGUUUCACUAUUUUGGGAAAAUAGUUCAUUGAUAAUUUUUCUUAAAGUGCUAAAAGAGGAAAUUAGUUUUUGUUAAAUGUGGAGAAGGGUUGUAGCAGUAAUAGAAUAUUUUUGGUAUGCAAAGACAAUCAAUUUGAGACUUACUCAUUAAACUCUGGAUGUAGUUCUGAGUGUGAUCUUAAGAUCAAAGAUGUUUUGUGAAUCUAAAACAGCCACAUUUGUAAGAUUCCUCUACUGAGAGGGGUGGUGACAACAGUAGUUGUCUCCAACUAUCACUGUCCUGUCCUGUCCUAGUCAUACAUGUUUAAAAAUUGUUCGAGUAAGGAUCUCCUGUAACCACAUUUUUUUUGGUGUUAUCCCAUUUCGUGGUCUUUUUCCAAAGACUGAGGUCAUUAUUUUAAGGCACAAUAAUAAUGAUGUAUUAUCCUUUUAUCUCA